CCGCGCCGUGGCGUGACGCGGCGGCCAGAAGGCAGAGACAUGCCGGCCGGUGGAGAACCGGCCCCGGGUGCUGCUGGCCGCGGCCACCCGGAGACGCAGCGGCCGCGGUGACGGGGAGCGCCCUCCGCGCCCCGAGAUGGCGGGGGAGCGCUCCGCCGCCGGGAGGGCCGUGCUCCUCCCUGCCGGCCGGGAGACGGGGCGAGGAGGUGGAGGAGGAGGAGGCCCGGCCGAUUUCGUGGCUCUCCUCCCGCCGGAGGUCAGCUCUCGGAUUUUCAGCGACCUGGACGUCGAGAGCUUGUGUCACGCGGCCGUGACGUGCAAGGGCUGGCACCGCGUCAUCGAGAGCGACGACCACUUAUGGAGACACCACUGCUUGAGCGUGAGGGCCGUCUGCCAGCGGGAGAUCGACUGCGAUCGGGGAAAUGGAUAUUCCUGGAAGAUCACAUUACUGAGAAACUACUGGAAAAGCAAAGUGAAGCAAGAAUGGCUGAGCGGGAAAUACAGCAACAUUCCUUCACAAAAGAGCUUGCCAGAGAAAAGCAUGUAUCCAAUGGAUGCUGACACAUGGGGAGAAAUCCUGGAAGCAGAACUUGAGAGAUGAGAAACCAGUGCGGGUUCUUGCAACUCAAGAACCUUCUAUCAACAACUCACAGACUGCCUAACUGUAAAUAUUUUGCCCUUCAAAAAUCAGUUGUGUUUGCAAACAUGUGAUGAAAGCUUCUAAAAAAAAAAAAGUUAUGUCUAUCUUUUUUUUUAUUUGCACUUCAUUGUAUUAAUUUUCUGUAAAAUUCUAAAUAAGACUAAAUAUUCAGUUGUAA